UGUAUCGUGAAGAGAGUCUAGAGGAAAGUGUUCCAGAGAGUGUCCCUAACUCGGCGUCUGGCAGUGAGGUUGCUGAGGUACUGGAGGAGAGUUCCGGUAGUAACCUGAAGACACAGCUCAGUAGCAGUUCAUCAGAGAAUGAGGAUAGUCAGCAGAUUCAAAAGAGUGUUAUAGAAGAGCAUGUGGAGGACUCACCAAAAAGUAUAUCUGCAAGGAAUAUUAGAAAAGGAUCUGAAGACAAGAUUCAGAAGGAUGAUACAGUGUCAAGCGAUGUUGUUGAGGGGAAACCACUCAAAACUCAAAAGAAGAAUGAGGAUCAUUCCAGGCAGAGUGAAGCCACAGAUUCUGCCGUAAAAGAGAAAAAGAAACCGAAUAAGACAGGAACAAAAAGCAAAUUAUCAAACCAUCGUGGGCACAGAGAAAAGAAAAAGAAAAAGAAAAAGCACAUAUCAUCCUCAAGUUCUGCAUCUUCAUCAAGUGGCAGUGAGACAUCCAGUGAAGAAGAUAGGUCUUAUAGACAUCGUCCCUCAAGGAGGCACAGACACAAGCAAAAGCACUACUUCAAUCCUUGGGAGCUGCCUCCAUACAUGAAUCCCUGGAUGGCUGUUCGUCCUCCACAACAACCAUAUUUUACUACAAUCGGGCCCAUUGAAACUAGUUUUAUGCCCAGGGUUUCUGAAGGUAGUUUUCCAAUGAGAAGUAUUGUGGGUGCAGAUGAACUACUAAGGCAACAAGUUGCCCUGACAAGGCAAUUUCUGGAUUCACAGAAAUCCUUAUACCAUGCUUAUACUGCAACACUUACAUCAUCACAUCACUAUACAUCGCUGCUAGAGACGGAGAAGUAUAUUGCAGCUAGGAAGAAACCUCCACUAACCUUUGAUGAAGCCUACAAGAUGGUUAAAGAGGAAAUGAAAGCUUCAAAGAGAUGAUGAUGGGACCUCUUUUCAUCAUAGUUGACCAACCAUUGGCCAUCCGUUUGUGGCUUUUGCCUUUCUACUCAGACUGUGAUACUGAAGAUUCUAGUUACUUUAUACCUCAUCUCUGUACCCUCUUAAACAGUUGUAUUUCUGCACUGAUUUACAUGUAUUUUGCUGGUAUAUCGGAAUCCACUGUUAAGUUUGUAACUAUUUCUUAACUACAGCAUUAAACUCAUCCCAACUGCAAGUGUUCUAAUGACAGAAUUAUACACUAUUUUACCCAUAAUAAAACAUUUUAUCAAA